GAGACGUCCAUAGCUCUACACACCAUAUCCGAGCUCUCCCUGCCAGAGACUGCACGCCCCACAUCAACCCAUAUCGUCCGCGACCCUCUGCGGCGAGAGUAACAGUCCGCCAUGGCAACCGACAACGAGAAGAUCGCCGACUUCCUCCAGCAGGCCCGUGACGAUGCUCCUGACGAUCUGCAACAUUACUUCCUCAGCUUCGAGGAUUUCUGGGAGCGCAAGUUGUGGCAUGAACUCACCGACAUCCUCGUCGCAUACUACAACGAGCCUGAGAGCAAGUCUCAGCGCAUACCCAUCUAUGACCACUUUGUCAAGAAGUUUGCAGACAAGAUCAACCAGUUGAAGCUGGUGAGAAUAGGUUUGAGCACAGCGAGCCAGUACAAGGAUGAUCAGGAACGCCUCUCUUUCCUCACCACACUAUCCAAGCGCGUCGACAAGCCAGCAUCGCAAGAUGCCUUCGUCUACGCCCUGACUGCAGUUGCAAACACACGGCUCAGUCUGAAGCAGAUUGAGGAAGCCCGCAAGGAUCUGGACAAGUGCGAGUCUGUGCUCGACACAUUCGAUGCCGUUGAGACGGAAGUGCACGCCAACUUCUACUGGGUCAGCGCCAUCUACUACCAGCACCAGCACGAGUUUGCAAAAUACUACCGUACACAGCUCCUUUACCUUGCUUGCGUAGACCUCAAGGACGUUACGGAGAGCAAUCGCCAGCGCAUUGCAUACGACCUCUCCAUAGCUGCUCUGGUGAGUGAGACGAUCUACAACUUUGGAGAGCUCCUGCUCCACCCCAUCCUGGACAGCCUGGCCAAAACACCACACGCGUGGAUCCGCGAUUUGCUCUUUGCAUUCAACCGUGGCGACCUCCAUGCCUACAACAUCCUUCAGCAGCACCUCGACGCCAACACGUUACUCAAGCAGCAUCAGCAGUUCCUAUACCAGAAGAUCUCGCUCGCCGCCCUCACACAGCUGGUCUUCUCACGUCCGCCGCAAGACCGCAGCAUGACAUUUGCUACCAUCAGCCAAGAGACGAAAGUGCAACCAGACGAGAUUGAGCACCUGAUCAUGAAGGCAUUGAGCUUAGGACUGUUGCGUGGAAGCAUCGAUCAGGUGGCAGAAAUAGCGCGGAUAACUUGGGUGCAGCCCAAGGUACUGGACAGGACCGGUAUUGAGGGCAUGCGCUCGAGGCUCAAGGAAUGGGACGGUGGCGUGGAGAGACUAGGCAACUGGAUCGAGGGUGUGGGCCAGGAUGUUUGGGCGUAGAAUCCUGCGCCUGACCUUGGUCCUGCUGAGGCAAAGCCGUGUCAGGAGUGCAAACGCACGCACCACAACCGCAUGCAGUUUCACAGUGGGAACGGAGGAAGGACGAAUUGCACACAAUUUGCCUCGUUGCCGAAAUUUGGCACCAAACAUGGCAAGAGGCGUCUUGUGUUCCUCUGCACGAAGUUGCAGAAGAGCUGGACGAGAUGUUCAUGCUUGAGUCUUGCGACGAUCUCUCGCUCCCCCGGCGAGAAGAAUCGCAUCAGGUAAAGCUGCUCAUGUUGCACGGAGGAUGGUAGUGUACAGUCGCUCGACUCAAGCGGUGCCGCCCCGUCAGAUCCCAGGUUUGGCAUCGUACGUGCUCCAUUAAUGAGGGCUUCUGCUCAAGUAGCAGGCACCGUCAUAAUGAAUGAAAUGUACUACUAUCGAAGAAAUCUCGAUGGAUACGACCUCUACUUUGUGACCACGCCUCCUCAUCUCUGGAGUCAGGUGUUAGCUGAACUCUCUCCUUGUAACAUCUAUGUUCAUACUGUAGUCCUUCACUUCCCCAGGAACCUCAGGCAACAGUUUCAACGAGCUUGCCUGGAUGAAGUCUAGCGUUGUCUGGAGCCAAAGCUGCCAAACUAUCUUCAUCUGCAUAAAGGUUUAUCCUGCAGUCUCCAUCAGCCUUCACUUACGCAUCAACUUUUCAGUAUCUCAACAGUUCAACGGGUUGGGCACUCACAGCAGAACUGCGGACUGAUCGAGACAGGAAGGGCAAAAUUGAAGAAGCUCAGAUUGCGAAUAAUGGCGAGCGACGAUCUCCAAUUCAAAUCGGUGGAACUGUACGGAGGAGCUAUUGUUGUGGAACUUCCAGAGGGAUUUGAAGAUGUCAGCCAAAUUCGCCAAGUGCCCGACCACCAAGAAGUCUACCUCGACCGCUCCGGCUUCAGCAGUAUCGUCUUUGACAUUCUCGAACGCGUGCACAAUGCUCAGAAUGACGAUGUGGAAGCGUUGAAGUUCCAUUUGCAGGACAUCGUGGAAUCGGACGCGAGUACAACCAUCGUGCAUCGCAUCGAAGCGAAGAAUGUGAAAUUGGCGAAAAUGCCAGAUCUCAAGGCUUUGACGCUGUUGGCGACA